CACCACCACCAGAACUCGACCAAUUCCUCCGUGACUCUCUCUUUCUCCCAUCUCUUUCCCACAACCACCCCGUUACAGCUCCCUUUCCGCAACCCAAGGAGACAAUCUGCACCGCUGCUGAUUUCUACCUCCUCUCUUCCACCCGAUCCGCACGAUAGACCAAAGCUGCCCGCCUUGUUCUCUUCGUAGCCCUUUCAGCCUGAGCGCCCGCAUCCGUCGUUGGCCCGAAUCACGCACACAUCUUCCCUUCGCCCUGCGCCCAACAUCGCCAGUCACUCACACGACCUGACUUCCUGUUAGCUACCACUAUCUACACGCUGCCAAAAUCCCCGACCUCGAACUGAAAUCAUGGGUCAAACUCUCUCAGAGCCCAUCGUCGACAAGUGGAUAUGAAUACGAUUGAGAAUGGCACCUGUCAGCUUUUUUCCAAGCCUAGUUUUCACUCUAUCAUCACCACGCAAACCGUUGCAUCGCUGCGCAAAGGCUCGCCCGCCGCGUGCAAACCCUGCGUUUCCCCCUCCUCGUGCCCCGCUACGACUCUACCUGCGGUCUGACAGCCUAACGCCACGCAUUACCUGCCUGCCACAGAUGUCUACGUUGUGAAUGUAAACCCUGUGAACUGACCAUGAUUAUUGUUUUCUAGACGUCCGACAGUGGUGAGGAUGACAGACUCAUCUACGGUGUCUCUGCUAUGCAGGGAUGGAGAAUUAGCAUGGAAGACGCCCACACGACAGUGCUCGAUAUGAUUGCCGCCACCACUGGUGAAGCUCCCAAGACCGACGGCAAGAGACUAGCAUUUUUUGGUGUCUUUGAUGGUCACGGUGGUGACAAGGUAGCUCUGUUCUCCGGCGAGAACAUCCACAACAUCAUUGCCAAGCAAGAUUCAUUCAAAAACGGCGACUACGCCCAAGGUCUCAAGGACGGUUUCCUGGCUACCGACCGUGCCAUCCUCAACGAUCCCAAAUAUGAAGAUGAAGUAUCUGGCUGCACCGCUUGCGUCAGCUUAAUAGUCGACAACAAACUCUACGUGGCCAACGCUGGUGACUCUCGAGGUGUCCUUGGCAUCAAGGGCCGCGCAAAGCCUCUGUCCAUUGACCACAAGCCUCAGAUGGAGAGCGAAAAGAACAGAAUCACAGCCGCUGGUGGUUUUGUCGACUUUGGCCGCGUCAACGGUAACCUCGCUUUGUCUCGUGCCAUUGGUGACUUUGAGUUCAAGAAGAGCGCUGAGCUCUCUCCCGAAAACCAGAUCGUCACAGCUUACCCCGAUGUCGAGGAGCACGAUUUGACCGACGAGGAUGAGUUCCUUGUUCUGGCCUGUGAUGGAAUCUGGGAUUGCCAGUCCUCUCAGGCUGUUGUUGAGUUUGUUCGUCGAGGUAUCGCUGCCAAGCAGGAUCUCGAUAAGAUCUGCGAGAACAUGAUGGACAACUGCCUUGCUUCCAACUCCGAGACCGGUGGUGUUGGCUGCGACAACAUGACCAUGACCAUCAUUGGCUUCCUCAAUGGCAAGACCAAGGAAGAGUGGUACGAGGAGAUCGCUAAGCGAGUCGCCAAUGGCGAUGGCCCUUGUGCACCCCCCGAAUAUGCGGAAUUCCGCGGCCCUGGCGUCCACCACAACUAUGAAGAUAGUGACAGUGGCUAUGAGCUGGAUGGCGAAAACAAGGAAGACACGCCCGCUGAGGCCGAGACCGCCGAGACCAAGCCUGCCUCCACCGAGGCGGAAAAGAAGGAGACGACCGAAGAGACGAAAGAAUAAAGCGAUCAACGAUUGGCCAAUUAUCAACUUCUGCGAAAACAGCGACACAUACUUUACUCUCAAAAGAACUCUACUACCCCCCAUUCUACGAACCUGGGCGAGGACAGAAUCGUCUGCGUUACUUUUUAUGCACAUGUUGAACGAUGAAGGCGACUAGAUACGACUUUUUGGCAACUCUGCUUUUUCUUUUCUUUCAAGCUCUCUCGCCUGCAUUAGCAAGGUGGGCGUCCCUCGUAUAUCUUUUUAUUCUGCUGUCUUGAGGUUUGGCUCUCGUUUUGUUUGCCACGGUUUUUCUUGGGGCGACUUGGAGUUGCGUGCAACAACAAACGAUCCUGAGAAGGGAGGUGUUGCAUGGAUCAUUAAAACGGAAACCCUUUUUAAAAAACCACGGUUUGUUUCUUCUAGCGAAGAGGCGGUGGAGAAGGAAGAGGAGACGAGAAAGAAGAAGGACCGGAUCAGGUGGGAAUCGGAUCGAAUGUUUUUUUGGACGCACGGUAGACGGGCACAGGCGAUGCGGAUGGGCUGGACAUACUGUCUAUAGGAGCAUUAUUCUGUUUCCUUGUGCACUUUUUUGUCUAACGUGCUGACUUUGUAUCUGCGCAGCCUUCGUUUUAGCUGCAUGUUACGAUGUUAUGGAAUAACGCUAUGCGGGAACAUAGACGGAGGACGCGGUGAUGUUACUACACAAAUAUACCACAUGUCUUUUG